AUAGCAGCAGAAAACCCUGGAUUCAAACCUCUGUGGGGCUUUUGUUUUGCUUGUUUUGUUUCUUUUCAUUUUGCCUUAAGAAGAUGAACAAUGAAACCACAACCCUGAUAUCCUUAAAGGAGGCAAUGAAAAGAGUAGACCACAAGCUCCAAGCUUUAGAAGCACAUUUUAAAGAACUGGACUUCAUCAAGGAUAAUCUGACACAGAAAUUUGAAGAUCAUAGCAAGACUUUGGCAAACCAGGGAGCCCAAGAUGAGCUAUGGACAGCAGUUCUGUCACUCAAGUUCACUUCAAUGGAAUUGAAUAUUUUAUACAGCUACGUCAUUGAAGUACUUGUCCACUUGCACACUUGUGUGCUUGAGAAGCUGCCAGAUCUGGUGAGAAGUCUUCCCACCUUAGCCUCCAUCCUUAGACGAAAAGUCACGAACAAGCGCAUCAGAGUUGUAUGGGAGUCUGUUCUGGAGGAGUAUGGGUUGCAAGAAGCAGAUAUCACAGCACUGUGUAUCUUCUUUGUAGCACAUGGUAACAAGGCAGAACACUACAUUGCUAAAGUAAGGCAGAUGUAUAUAAGAGAUAUCAAUUUCAUGAUCUCUAAUAUGGUAAAGAACCAGGCUCUGCAGGAUGGUUUGCUGAAGGCUGUGCAGGUCAUUGAGAAGGGGAAAGCAGAAAUGGCCCCUCAAGAGAAAAAGUCAACCCUAAAAGAGUUGAUACCAUCAGUCAAAAGCUAAUCUGUUACACUGGACUCAGAGAUUCCAUGUCUAGUAUAAUUUAUCUUGCAAAUGGGAAGCAAUACAUAUACACAAUUUAAUACAGGCUUAUUUUUAUAGCAAAAGUGAAAAGUGUUAAAUUAUAAUACACUGGUACAAUGGAUACUUUCUGUGUAGCAAUAUAAAAGAAUGAAGAAGCUUUCAUGUAACUGUAUAGUAACACAGAGUUAUCGCCAAGAUGUGUUUUAAAAUAUUUCCAACAUUAUUGCUCAGUGGGAAAAAAAGGGCAAAAACAAAUACAUAGGCUACUAUAUCUAUAAACUUCUGGAGAAAUACAUUAAAAAGUGGUAACAUUGUUUGUCUUAGGGAAGAAAACUAAUUAGAGGCUAGGGAUC